UCAUGUCCGAAGUACCCGCAAAACAAAAGCUAUGGGGAGGGAGGUUUACAGGAAAGACGGAUCCUCUGAUGCACGACUUCAACCAGUCGCUCAAGUACGACAAGCGCAUGUACAAGGCAGACAUCGUCGGCUCUAUCGCAUACGCAAAGGCGAAUUGUCUGAAGAGAAUUCUCACUAAGGAAGAGGAAUCUAAGACGAUCAGCGGUCUGAAAGCUGUUCUCAAAGAAUGGGAGGAUGGCAAUUUCGACAUCCAGCCGGAUGACGAGGAUAUUCACACAGCCAAUGAGCGUAGGCUUAUUGAGCUCAUCGGUCCCCUCGGAGGUAAGCUCCACACCGGUCGUUCGCGAAACGACCAGGUUUCCACCGAUAUGCGACUCUGGCUGCUCGAUGAAGUCAAGAACAUCGAGUCGGCUUUGAAGGACUUGCUUCGGGUCAUGACUGAGCGUGCGGAUAAGGAGAUCUCCGUCCUCAUGCCGGGAUACACCCAUCUCCAGCGCGGUCAACCCAUCCGCUGGUCACACUUUCUCUGCUACCACGCUUUUUCCUUCGCCUCCGACCUAGACCGUCUCCGUCAACUCAUCCCACGCAUAUCCGUCCUCCCCCUUGGUUCUGGCGGACUAGCAGGAAACCCAUUCUCGAUCGACCGGGAGUUCCUGCGUCAGGAGCUGGGGUUCGACUCCCUAGCCGAGAACAGCAUGUGGGGCGUAGCAGACCGGGACUUCAUCGUCGAAUUUCUCAUGUGGUCCUCGCUCUGCAUGACGCACAUGUCGCGGCUUGCCGAGGACCUGAUCAUUUACUCCACCGCCGAGUUUGGGUUCGUCACGCUGAGCGACGCAUACAGCACAGGGUCGAGCAUCAUGCCCCAGAAGAAGAACCCGGAUUCGCUCGAGCUUUUGCGCGGGAAGAGCGGACGGCUGUUCGGCAACAUGGCGGGGUUCUUGAUGACUCUCAAGGGCUUGCCGGCGACGUAUAACAAGGAUUUGCAGGAGGACAAAGAGCCGCUGUUUGAUACGGUGGACAAUAUCUCCGCGUCGCUCCAGAUAGCAGAGGGGGUGAUCGCAACGCUCAACAUCCACCCCGAAAAGAUGCGGGCGGCACUGACGAUGGACAUGCUCGCGACGGACCUUGCGGACUACCUGGUGCGCAAAGGCACUCCCUUCCGCGAGACGCACCAUAUUUCCGGUCGGGCUGUCGCCCUCGCGGAACAGCAGCGGGUUCCGCUUUCCGAGCUCACACUCGCUCAGUGGAAAGAGCUUAGUCCAAAGUUCGAGGCGGACGUGAAGCAGGUCUUCGAUUUCGAGGCGAGUGUGGAGCGCAGGAACGCUAUUGGCGGGCCGAGCAGGGAGAUGGUGCAGCGUCAAAUACGGGUGUUGCGGGAACUUGUAGCAAAAUAAGCUGCGGACAGAUCGCCGUCAUUACGGUGGAUCUUGCGGUAAUCGAACGUCUAUUAACUCGCUUCUACUUAACAACAACUGCGCUGGUAUCCGCAUACUACACUAGGACUAC